UGCGCAACGCGUUCCAAUUGGAUUUUGAAUAAUAUUUUUUGGAUACGGCCUGCUCAGAAAUUGUUUACAUCAAAAACUUAUCAGAAGUUUGGCCAUGCCUGCCAAGCGCAUUAACGGAUUCUAUGUGCCGCGACUGAAACGUGUUUGAAAUUCGCAAAACAAAAUCAAAAAACAUAACUGUGAAAAGUUUAUACUCAAUAAAAGAAAGGUGUCAACAGAUAAAGAAAAGCAAACCACAACAACCAAAAUCAAUUAAGCUUAAAAAGUUUCUAGCACAGCCUACCCGUCUCUUUCUCGCGAUGCGGGAACGCAGUCAGACAACACCGCGACGCCGUCGAACGGGUCCCAAACAGCCGCUGCCCAAUGUGGAGCCCACAUACAACAUGAGCACCACUGAGGAUAUAUACGGUACGACUCUGUUGCCAUCGCAGCGUCGCUAUAUGGAUCCCUGGGAUCUGGAGAAUUACGAUUAUGUGCGCAAGAAAAUGGACAUUGAGGUAACGCCGACUACUGCAGUCGUGCCCGACUAUGAAACGGCCCUGGAUUACGCACCGGAAUCACAUUCGCCGAGUCCGACGGCUGUUUACAACAUGACCUUGUCUUCGACAAUGCCACGCCCACACACGAGACGCCUCUCGCGCACCCAGUGCCAGCUGGAGUGCUGUCGUCUGCCCAGUCGCAGUCGCAAUCGUCGUCUCAAGGAGCCACUCUAUGCAGCCCGCAGUGAACUGUAUGGCAUUGCACCGAGCCGAUAUGAUGACUAUAUGGCCACCAUGACCAGGCAGCUGCAUAUCGACGACGAUGAUCAGCUGGAUCAGCAAGAGGAGCUGUAUGCGGAACAGCGACAGCUAUACAAUGGCUAUGGAGGUUUUUCCAGCGCCAGUUCCACGGAGCAGCACUCGUCGAUUGGCGAUGAGAUGCCCACAAUGACAACACUACCACGUCGGGCGACAACUCUACAUCGUCGUCCCCAGACCAGCAGUCAGCAGAUCAAGGAGCACUCGGGAAACAAUUACAACUCGGGCUAUGGAACAGCACCGCUUCCGAGACGCAAGCGUAGCACUAACAACAAAUCAACGAAUUUGAUGCAGGGUGCUCCGUUAGCAUCCGCACCACCCGCACCACCACAGAUUGAGUUUCCUGCACCGCCGCCGCUAUCGCCCGCCUAUGAUUAUUGCAAUCCCUAUGCUACAAUGCCGUAUUGCAGCCUACCGGAUUGCGAUGAGUGCCAGCAGCAGGCAACCUCGUUGAUCUAUGCAGCACCUUCCACACUGUACGGCACUUUGGCGGGCGGUAGGGUUGCCACCCAAUACGAUUCGACAUCGCCCAGCGAUUCGUCGCUCUACGCCGGAAUUUAUGCCCGUAAAUUUGGCUUGAGCAAGAAGGGUCUGCUGCAAAUUGAUUACUCGUGCAGCUGGAAUGACUUGGAUCGCGUCAUGGGUCGUCAGUACUGAGUGUGUACUGUACAGUAGUUCUUGGGUGUUUGGCUUAGUCUCUAGUUAAACUAUUCGUAGUCUAAGGCGAGAUACAUUUGUAAUUAACUCAUUUCACAUAUAAAAACACACACAACAAAUCAACCCGUACCAAAUAAUUUACAUCGUUUUAGUAUCGCUUUAGUCGUUUGCCCAGUCACGCAUAACAAACGUGCAACAAAGUCUUCGAUAUUCAUCGAAUAAAGUUGAAAUUUACAAAAAAAAUA